AUGCCUCGCCAAUUCUUCGUCGGUGGUAACUUCAAGAUGAACGGUGUGCAGGAGAGCAUCACCAACAUUGUGAAGAACCUCAACUCCGCCCAGCUCGACUCCAACACCGAGGUUGUCAUCUCCCCCCCGGCCCUCUACCUCACCCUCACCCGCAGCCUCGCCGACUCCAAGAUUGGCGUCGCUGCCCAGAACGUCUACGACAAGCCCAACGGUGCUUUCACCGGUGAGAUCUCCGUUGAGCAGCUCCGUGACACCAAGAUCGACUGGGCUGUCAUCGGCCACAGCGAGCGCCGUGUUAUUCUGAAGGAGUCCGAUGAGUUCAUUGCCCGCAAGGUCAAGGCUGCCGUCGAGGGCGGCGUCUCUGUCAUCUUCUGCAUUGGUGAGACUCUGGAGGUACGUCAUUCUACUUCGGUUACCCGUUUUUUUCGUGUCCCGGUGUGGGUCAUCGGGAUAGGCGUUGACAAAGGUCCUCCGCUUACACCCGACUUUUUACUACAGGAGCGUGAGGCCAACAAGACUAUCGAGGUCGUUACCCGCCAGCUCAACGCUGUCGCCAAGGAGCUGAGCAAGGAGCAGUGGGCCAAGGUUGUCAUUGCCUACGAGCCCGUCUGGGCCAUCGGCACCGGCAAGGUCGCUACCACUGAGCAGGCCCAGGAGGUUCACGCCGCUAUCCGCAAGUGGCUCGGCGAGGCCGUCUCCGCCCAGGCCCAGGAUGAGGUCCGUAUCAUCUACGGUGGCUCCGUCAGCGAGAAGAACUGCCGCGAGCUCGCCAAGAAGCCCGAUGUUGACGGUUUCCUUGUUGGCGGUGCCAGCUUGAAGCCUGCCUUCGUCGACAUCAUCAACGCCCGCAUCUAA